AUGCAGGGACGAGUAUUAUUCGCGAGUGGCAGUCCAUUUCCAAACGUGGAACUGAAUGGGAAAAUUUUCAAACCGGGACAGGGAAAUAAUUCGUACAUUUUCCCCGGGGUGGCUCUCGGAAUAAUAUUGUUCAAAAAAGUUGCUUCAUGUGUGAGCGACCACGAUUACUCCGUCGGGCGAAUAUUUCCACAUCUGAAGAGAGUGCGCGAGAUUUCCGUACAAAUAGCUGUCAAAAUAGCGAAACAUUGUUACAAUAAUCCACGACACUGGGUGAAGUUCUACAGGAGUGAACCUAUCCGAAAAUCCUGA